AUGGAAGAGAAAAACUGUUUUCCAAGUGAGAUGUCUCCAGAAGAGAACCAGUCAACGGAAUACACUUCAAAUGAGCAGGUUUCAAGUUUGGAUCCAAGUGAGAGCCCUAAGACGGUGGAAAAUGACUCUCGAAGAGAUUUCGUGUUGGAAAUAUCUCCAAGGGGCGUUCUUGCUUUUGACUUGGUUUUUUUGGAACUUAAUGAAAAGCUUACAACCCCAUUUCUGGGGUACAAUCUCACUGCCAAGAUGAUCAAACGCACGGAUUUCCUUUCUGCCCUCGACUACGUCUUCUUGUAA